ACCUCCACCCCGCUGAGAGAGGGGUUUCCUCGUCGCUCCGGUCCCUCUGCUCCCGGCCGACCCUCCUCGCUCUUCGAGUUGUUUGUUUUUGCUGCUCUUUCGUCCCCUUAUCUCCCCGGCGCACGGCGGGGCACUCGGCGGCCCGCAGAGCCGGGCGGGCUGCGGGGAAGGGGGCCUGCGUCCCCCCGGCCCCACUCCGCCCCCCUACAGUCUAUCCGUCUUCCUCCUCCUCUCUCCAUCCCCCCUGCCCCCCUCUCUUCUACCUGACCUUUUUUCCUCCUUUUCCCCUGCACUCCGCUUCCUCCCCCUCUUUCCUCUAUUCCCCCUGCAACUUCUCUCCUUCUCCUCUACCUCCCCUUUUCCCCCAGAUCCCCCCACCUUUCAGCCUCCUUUGACGUUUCUGGUCCUGGGCGAAUCGCGCGGAAGAAAAGCCUCUAUACCUUGGUUUUUACCUGGCCGUCGCUACCUCCUUUAAGUCUUUAAUUAGGAAACCCGAGCACGUAUUGGCGGGGGGGGGUGUGUGGGGGGGUAGAAAUCCAGAUUGAGGUCUUUUAUUAGGUGCGAAUGGCACACGAAUGCCAUCUGCUCGUUUCUGUUACUUUUCAAGAUAUUCUAACUUCCCUGCUGAAAAAAAAAAAAACUGGUCAAAAAUGUCUUCAGAGGUCUUUCUGUGGGGCAGUAUUUGAUGGUGAUGUGUGUGAGGCUGUCUUGCAGACUGCUACUAUGUACUGCAGUGUUCUUAAUUUUAGAUAUUGCUAAAAUUAUACCUGAACAGUUUCUUGACCCAAUUUAUGUUGCUGUUUUUUUCCUCUCUUCUAAUUCUUAUCACAUUCUUCCUGACAUAGCCCGUAUCUUUCUUUUGUAUCUACAGCAGCAGACCUCUGGUCUCAGUAGAUAUCCCUGACUUCAGAUAUUUAACUUUUGAUGGCUGACUGAGGCAGUUUGCUUUUAGGUUCCCUGUAUAAGGAAGAAACAUCCACCUAAGGAGUUGAGUUUGCUUCUCAAGAGCCUCUUUAGGAUGGAAAGAAUGAUAUUUUGGAGAUUACAGUUUCUAUCAUUGAAUUGGAGAAGUAAGGCAAUGCUGUCUCAGUAUUUAGACAACUGAAGUUAGAGGAGAUGACCUAGAGAAUUGGAGUUCCAUACAUGCAGAAGGCUGCCUUCCCUGAUAUCCUUGUGCAUUCUCGUAUAUUAUUAAAAAUAUUUGUAGUAUUUGAAGUAGUUGAGUCACCAUCCCUGGAGGUAUUUAAAAGACAUAUAAAUAUGUCACUUAGGGACAUGGUGUAGUGGUGGAUUUGGUAGUGUUAAGGGUUGGACUCUACGAUCUUAGAGGUCUCUUCCAACUUAAAUGAUUCUGUGAUUCUGUAAUUUACAAUUUAGAGAAGAGGUCUGGUAAAGCAGAUUCAUGAAAAUGACCUUCAGUGCCAGUACAGGUCAGAAUGAGCAGCUUUUGCAAACUCUGCUGUCCAUGGGGUAUUGUGAUUUGUAUGUAGUUCAGAGGGGGCUGACACAGUAAUAAAAAGAAGCAGCCACUUGGGUUGUAAAUUAAAAUUUACAGAAGGACUGCAAAAAAUAUAAUGGACUUGAAAGCCAGAAGAACAAAGCCUUUUAGAAAACUGCCAUGGUUCAUGUGGAUGAAACUCCCAUCCAGUACUACUCUGUCAGAGCUCACAUACAGACAUAUGUUCUGUGUCCACAUGUGUGGGCUCUGACAUUUGCGGACAUAUAUGUGAUUUAUUAAAAAGCCAAAAAGCUAAGGUUAGGUGAAAGACUGUGUAUUUACCAUGUCAGGGAUGCUAUUUUCUCCAGUCUUUAUUUUUAAAUACCAUUUUUUAAAAAUAAAAAUUAAGGGUACAUAUCUAAGAAGAGGUUUUAAGGUAGGAUUAGUGCACUGUGAGUGAAUGGAGUUGCUGUGAAGUAUUUGAGAGCGUAAGCCAUGGCACUGGGACCUACUUCACAAGAAAACCUUUUUGACCUUCUUCCCUGCCAGUCUUAGCACUGCCUUUUUAGAUCUCACCAGUACUGGGAUAUAUGAAUUGGAAUUAGCUGCUCUGGAGUGACUUCCCAUGUGGAAGAGGGUCUAUUGUGAAACACAUGUGAUUGUUUCUUUUUCUUUUGUUCUUUCUACUUCUUUCAAUUACAGAACUAUUACUUGUCUUUCGAAGGACUCAGUAUUCCCAAAUAGUAUUCAGAAAUGGUAACAGAUUCUGUGUCCUUUUGGGUAGCUGUUACAGAGCAGCCACAAUAUCUACUGUGAGUUGCUGUCUUUGUAUAGUCAAAAACUUGAACCUUUCUUACUUCACACAUCUGUAGUCAAGAAGAUGAUGCAUGCAGCAGCUGUUCUGUACUCAAACCUGCAGAAAGCUGUAAGAUGUUACCUUCCUGUAAAGUUGAGAGGUUGUAGAUACUCAAACCAAAGAGGAGUGCUGAGCCUAUAUAUUAUGUUUUUUACCCCCUGAAGGCUUAUAAUUUGGACAGAUACAUCCCUGAUACAAACUCGCCUGCAUCCUUGCCAAAUUUCAGGUCUAUCUUAGAACAGAGCUAUUCAAAGCAAACGCUUCCAGAUUUUGUUUGCACGGCCAAAUUCUUUUUUAUUGUUUUCAGAACCACCUAAACCAGCUGUCUCUCCUCCUUCCCUCCUUAAUUUCAGUAUGUGAUAGGAACAAAAUCCUCUAGCCCAGUCUCCAAGUAUAGUUUGGCAAAGCUAUCUCAGCUGAAGAUAGCUACUUUAUGAGGGUUUCUUAAGCCUCUCUAUAUAAGGCCUGCUGUUUACACCACCUGUUCAAACAUGACUAAUAUAGCAGCUUGUGAGGAGAAGGAGCUUGCAGGUAGACGGUUUGGGGCCCUGGACUCCAGUACUGCUGGAGUUAUUCUGCAGGUUACACUAUUGACAGAACCUGUCCCCUUGAUGUACUCCCAAACGUGGUUCCUGUGCUGGAGUGCGUAACCCAGUCACUGCAGUGUAGGCUGUGUGAUCCUCAUGGCUCAAGAAAUUAAUUAUGUACUGUAAAAAUACCUGAGUUUCUGUGUUUUCUCUCUGAGUUUCAUCAUUUUCGUAUCUUUUGGAAUGGAAAAUGGGGCAGGUGCUCUUAAUGCAGAGUUGCUACUUGUUCUUCCCCAUGUUCUCACUCCCUCUAACAUUUUAAAUGAAUUUUGGAAACUUGAAAAUGGUUUUAACAUUGAUGCUACUUGCACUGUGCUGUUUGUAGCAAAGACUUUGUAAUUUCAUUAAAGUUUCAAGAAAAUAGUUUGAUGUUUGCUCCGUCUUUUUCCCUCCUUCCCCCUUAGCCCCCUGAACUGCCUGGGUGGUGUGACCAGUAAAAGUGGAAAGAAAACCACUGCACUUGAGGAAACAUAAAUUUCUUCCAAGUUAGUAUAGGAUUUCCAACUCUGGAUGAAACUUUACAGCAGUUUGUCCAGAAGUUGCCCAAUACCCAUCUGUGUCAGCACUUGCUCUUUUUUCCAGUGGUGUGAACUCAAGUGGAAAAUCUUUAAGAGCAUUACAUGAUGUAUAAGACUUCUCAUGCUCAUCAGUCACAGAAUUGAGACUUAUAUACAAUAUAUACAAUUAAUUUCAUUAAUCAUAAAAUGCAGGAUUUAAAGUUCCUAGGAUUUCUGGUUUUCUGCACAGAUACCAUUUACAUUUAUUUUAUAUGUAACAAUAGAGAGCCAGGUUCAGUUUUUAUCAAAACCAAUAGAAGAUGAAGACAAAAGGCUUCUGUGUUCAAGAUGUGGAUUUGUGCUGAAGCCACAGGUGUACCCUCAGGUUCUCCAGAAUGAUUACGCUACGUGCAACUACAGUGGUUUACAACAGAUGUGAUGUCCAGUAGCAUUUAGGAAAGAAAUUGGUGAAAAAUAUAGCUGUGAAAAUAUGGCUCGUCAAACUCUCGGGUGUUGACUUGUGGUGGCUGCAGCUGUACAGUCUUAAUUUUAGCAUUUACACGUGGUUCUGUUAAAGAGAAAUAGUCUCCUAUGUUCGGUUAAACUUGGAAGUAGGCAGAGAUUCCUGCGUAUCCAAAACAUGCAGUGAGGCUUUUUUCCAGUUUAUGUGUUUUAUAUCAGAAUUGUUCAAUUGCCUUGGAAAGGUUCUCUGCCUUUAGCUGGAAAUUUAUUGUAGAUGAUGUUGAAGGACUUAAGAGACAAUUUAGGAGCUGUAGGUCAAACAGUAUUGCUUACAGGCUGGUACAUUUUUGCUGAGUAUAUCCGUUGCACUUACACUUUUAAAUAAUCAUAACCUCUUGGUAAUUGUAUAUUUACAUUAAGCACUGGUGGGAGAGAGUAUUUUGAUACCUGCUUAAAUUUUAGGAAUUGAGUCAAUCAGGUCUGUUUCUGUAAUUAAAGAUCUGACUGCAGGUAUUGUAAGGAUUGAGGAUGCUGUUGUUGUGCGUGGAAGAAGUUUUGGGUUUAUAGAAGGAGAAUGUAUUUUCCUUGGACUUUGUGUAUUGAUUUUCAAACAGAAGACAAAGAUGAAUUUUUUGGACUGACCUUUUUUAAUGUUGUCAGUGUAAUCUUGAAUUGUUUGGGUUUGUUUUUUUUUUAUUUUGUCCCUCAUUCUUUCUCUUUUUAACUUAAAAACAUUGAAGUCUGUUGCUCAGUUGUGUUCUGUUGAACCAAAGCAUUGCAUUUGUUGCUGCAAGCCUAUGAGAAAUAGAAUUGAUUCUGCACAAGCCUUAUCUGGCAUUAUAAAGUGGUUUUUGAUGAAGAAACAGCCAUUGGAGCAGUUGUUUAUUUUGUUGUUAAAUACUUUUAUAUACUAGCUUUUGAGCUGUGCAGUUUUCCCCAAGUUUUCUCACUUAUCAAAUUGCAUGGUUCAAAAAUAGUCACAUUUUUACACUGAAACAUCAAACAAAUUACUGCCGUGGCUGUGACCCCACAGGUCAGAAUCUGGUCUGGGAUUCAUUCCCCCGUAUCCAGAUCUGUACCUUUGUGUUGCUGAGUUCAUUGUGUACAGUAUCCAAAACAGGAUUCAGCAUUAAAUCUAAAGUUUCACUUAGAAACAUCUACUGAUGCAUUUUUAUGGAAAAGAGUGCAAGUUGCACUUUUAUGACUGUUCUGUGUUUAACUGGAGUAUCUAGAGCCGCUUUUUUAUCUCUGGCUUGCUUUGUCUUGUAUUUCUGAUUCCUAAAGCACCACCUCCAUUGUAAAAAUUUUGCAGUCUUCUGGGGGUAAGAUUGGCAGAAUCCUAAUACUGAACUGUUCUUUAUGGGACACAGUAGUCAAUAUAGUUACUCUUGCUGGCUCCCCAGACUUUGCUAAACAAAAAACCCCACAACCAACCAACCAAAGAAAACCAGGCAAAAAAACCCCCACCUCUUAGCAUUCAAUCACCCAAAGAAGACUAAAUUUAGUUUCUGAAGAUAUAGCUAUAGAGAUAUAUAUGAAAACAUGUGGCUUUGGUUAUUGUUUCAGAUUAAAGAUCUUUUUUUUUCUUUCCCCAGGGCCGAUUACUGGAAAUCUCAGCCAAAAAAAUUCUGCGAUUACUGCAAGUGCUGGAUAGCAGACAACAGACCUAGCAUUGAUUUUCAUGAAAGAGGAAAGAAUCAUAAAGAAAAUGUGGCAAAAAGAAUUAGUGAGAUUAAAAAGAAAAGCUUGGAAAAGGCAAAAGAAGAAGAAAACAUGUCAAAAGAAUUUGCGGCAAUGGAGGAGGCUGCAAUGAAGGCAUAUCAAGAGGAUAUGAAAAGGCUUGGAAUUAAGCCAGAUGAAGUAGGUCCCAGUUCAACACCAGGUAAAACACAGAGUAACGCAGUGGAAACUAAAGAAAAGAAAGAGAAGAAGGAAAAGAAAGAAAAGAAAAAGAAAAGUGAAACGAAGUGGGUGCAAGGACUGUCUCCCGAAGGCUAUACGUAUUACUACAACACAAAAACUGGAGAAUCACAGUGGGAGAAACCCAAAGGAUUCCAAGGCAACUCUCAAAACUCACAAACGGGAGCAGAGUGGGUAGAAGGUGUCACUGAAGAUGGUCAUACCUAUUACUAUAACACACAAACUGGAGUAUCCACAUGGGAGAAACCGGAUGGUUUUGUUUCAUCUUCAAAUGAGAAGAGUCGACGUGACAAGCAUUCCGAAGAGCAUGCAGAAACAGCAUCUGAAUCAGACUCAGAAGACAGUGAAAAUGAGGCAAAGAGUUCAGAAACAAACUCCAAGAGGAAAGGAGAUAAUGGUGAAGAAUCAGAGGAAGGGAAGAAAUCUCCUAAAGCUAAAAAGUUAAGUCCAUACGGGAAAUGGCGAGAAGUUAAGUCAGAAGAAACUGGAGAUAAAGAGGAGAGUACAUCAGCUUCCCAAGAAACCUCUGGUGAUGGAUCUAACACGACUAACCCUUAUGGAAAAUGGAAAGCACUUAAGGAAGUAGGAGAAGAAAAAGAAGAAGAAGAAGGUGAAAAAGUGGACCUGGAGCUUCCAAGUACAGAGAAUGACAAUGCAGCACCCCCAGUGUUAGAGGUUCCAGAAGAGGAAACAGUGAUAUUUAAAGAGAAGACAGUCACCUCCCUUGGAGACCUGACAGAAGGGAUGCCAACAUUUAAAAAGAGAAAAUUUGAAAAUGGAAAAUCUAGAAACUUAAGACAGAGACUAAGUGAUCAGUAAUACUUAACAAAUCAUUUUAGAUUCUGUUUAAGAUAGAGUGAAUCAAAAGUUUAAUAUUUUAAAGAGGCUUUUAUAAAGAAAAUGUUGGAUAGAAAUUGAAGAUUUAUAGGUACUAAAACAUAUGUGAGUUAUUUUAUUUUGAUGUGAUUGGUUUUGGAAUGGAAGUUUUUGUUAUAUUACUUAUGGAAUAUUGUAAAUACAUGUACUUUUUAUUUUAACCAUGCCAUCUCAGUUCUAUUUGCUCUGUGUAUGCUGUUUUAAAUACGUUGCAUAACAUUUUUUACUCCUUUUCUAAGUAUGUGAGGAUGUAGUAAUCCUUAAUAUGGCAAAAAUGAAGCAGACCUUUUAUUUUUACAGUGGAACUGGAUCAAUAGCAUGUACUAGAGAGCAAAAUCAUCCCCCUGAGGUUGUUUAUGUGGAGUAGUUUCCCCACUAAUGAAUAAAAAUAUUGUGCUUACUAACCUUUGGUCAAUUGCUUGCCAAAGAGUAGGUGGUGAGACUGCCAACAUUUCAAACUGAUCAUUUGAAAGCUGUUUUUAGCAGAGUUAGUCACAUCAGUGCCACCCAUUCCAAAUGAUGUUCUGAAAAAUUAUUUCUGUACGUGCAUGAUAGAUGUAUUAAACCUCUGCAGAAGAUUUAAACCUGAUGAAUCUUAACUUGUAGUAACAGUACCAGAGCCCCGCUGGAGUAGACAUUUCUCCUUGUUUUAUUUUGCUUUAUUGUUGUCUACUUCAACUCUUACUUAUAAAAUUGUCUUUUUUGGUCCUGCUUUCUUUUUGUCUCUUUCCCAGAAAAAAAAUACUUGCCUGAUAUUUUAAUGAAAAAAUACUCUAGAGACUUGGCCCUGCUGUGGAAUACAGGACCCUUUUUGAGGUGAAUGUGUUUUGUCUGUUGAUAAGAAGAGUGUGUUGCACAGUUGCAGUGUUGGAUAAGCUGAGAGAGACUUAGUGUGUUGAAGCUUGAUCAUUCUAAGUACCAUAGGAGAGGAAAACAAAAGAUCAGUAGAGCUGAUGGCUGUACUGUCCAAGAUGACUUGGACAUUUUCUUAAGGAUUUUUAGAUGUAGAUUUGACUUCUUCACUUGAUGGGAUUGGUCUGCAUUUAGCAUCAUCAAGAUUCAUUGCCUGUGUCAGAAUACAGCUGCACUUACUGCUUCUCUAGCAAUCAAACAGCGAACCAUAAAGGUUCAAAUAAUGAAUCCAUUAAAAACUAUGUCUAUUCCUAAAGCUCACAGUGUUUUGUUCAGGAAAGUCUCAGUCAAAAAGAGGUGCAGUUAAGACUAUAGAGUUGGUAACUGCUGAGCUUGAAUUGCUUUGAGAAAACAACUACUAAUCUGUUGGAUCAGUGGAGAAAGGAGUGCAAGACAGGAAAUCUCAUUUAUUGUGUAUUACAAUGGAGGUGAAGUCUUUUUUUCUAUUCUGUGACAUUUGCUUUAUGUGUAGAAGAGAAUUAAGUAUUGUAUUUAAUCCUGUGUGUUUCCUUGGCUUCAUCAGGGUUGUGGGUUUUUUUCUGAUGCUUAUUCUGACAAAUUUGAAAGUUUCCUGCAAUAUCUGGCCCUGGAUUAUCAUUUAAAGAUGCAGGACACACGCUGAAUGCUUUCACAGUCAUAGUUCAGGAAUAUACAACAUGUACUACACAUGAAAGAUCUCACAUGCAAGGCAAGAACAGAAGUGUCUUUCCUGCCAAUGAGAAGUUGUCAGGUUUCUAAUCAAAUUUUUCAGAUAUUGUUCUUAUUUGAACACUACUCUGGCAGCUAGGAGCCUGCUCUAACUUAAGUUUCCUUAUGUUUAUGACCAGUUUACACUCUUCCUUCCCAUUCACACAAGUACUGUCCUUGAGCUAAGUAGCUUUUCUUCAUCUUGAAUCCAUCAUAUCUUCUCUCCUCGAAAUCACAAAAAGCGUCCUUGUGUGACAGGACCUUCAGUGCUCCAUCAGCACUUCUCCUCACCCAUUCCAGCCUGAGUGUGCCUAGGCUAGAAUUGCCUAGGUGAUUUUGCCUGUGCUAGUUUACCUAGAAUAAGGCCACACGUGAUGUCACUUAAUACUUCCUUAGCAUAUUGGAAGUAACUCUGGAUAUGUCCCUAAACCAUAUUUGCCUUUCACAUGACAACAUCGCACUGUCUGCCAUGGGUGCCCUGUGACUUAACAGUACAACCAGCUCUCUCUACUCCUUUGCCAUUGCCAGCUGAUGAAUUAACAUCUGGUCAUGCUCUCCUUUCAAGCACAAUUUUUUUUUGUACUGCUGCACUCAUCCUCCUUCUGUUACUCCAGGCCUAAGGUAUAUACAUUUCAUUAUGAUUUCUGAAAAAUUAUUUUAUUGUUCAUUAGUACAGUUUUAUCCAGUAGUAUAGGAAUUUUUUUGUAGGCUCCACUUUUAAUAUCUGAGGAGGAGGACAACUUUCCUCUUCUUGUGAUGUUUCCAAAAUAUUAAUGUCUUUCCUUUAAAAUGUUUUUUCACAUUGAAGUCACAGGCAGGGAUUUAAGAUACCUGUAACUACAUCUCUUGAGCAGAUGUUUUAAAACGUCUGAAAAUGAGUGUUCAAAACUUUUUUCCUUGUGGAGCUGGUGUUAGUUGUAAUAUGAACCAAAGGUCUUUGUACUGUGUUAAACAGACAAACCAAAACAUUAGGAAAAGAGAUUAAAAGUUUUCUUUGUUCACUGCUAGUAAAGUUAGUUUAAAUACCACAUGCUUGGUUUUGCUGAUGUGACUUUUAAAGCUUGUGUUUCACAAAGAAAUAUAGAUACAGCCCUUUGCUCUCUACUACCUCUGAAGGUCAGAGACCAGUUUAUUCUUUGUUCCUAAGUGUAAAUUAUAAAAAAGGCCAGUUGAAUUAAAUUUGAUACACCCAAAGCCACUGUUUAAUUUUGCAGCACGCUGUCAUUCAAUUUUCCUUAUUGUGUAUCUAAGCCAAAUAUUUUUCUGUUCUACACAAAAAUAUGUCUUGUGUGAGAUUUAAGGCAGACACUGCUUUUCCAAGACAUCUGUUUUGCACAGAUCUCUCUCCCUUCUGUGCUAUCUCCCUGCAAAAUCUUCUGCUUUUGGAAUUUGAAUCCUCUAGGUAUUACUACAGUUACGCUCCUCAUCUGCUAAUCCUUCCUUGGGCUGCACUGGCUUUUGACAAAGGAAUGUUACUGUUUCAGAUGAGUGUUUUCUUUUCUGACUAAUCCAUUCUCUAUCCUGCAGCAUAUUUUAUUUGCUUGCCUGGUUUUAUUGCAGGCUCCUUGAGUGAGGACGACAUCCUUGGUUUUAUAGAUAUCUAUAGGCUGCUAUAGAUACCACUAACAAUAUGAGAAGGAGAGUCAGAGAGAAAGGGAGUCAUUGCAAUUUCUGAUGAUGAUUUCUGUUGUGUGGUUUAGAGCAAGUCAGUUCACUGCUCUGUGUUUUUUAUUCCUUGCCUCAUAUUUUCACCUGCCUUAUUUGUUUAGGAAGACAGCUUUACAGUACAGGACAUUUUGUGCAUGUUUUUACAGCAGGGCCUGUCUAAAGUUGGUGAUGCUUUUAGAAGUAAACACACUGCAUAUACAGAAAAAAAGAAAAGUUAUUUUGUUGUGCAUUUGCUAUUCCAGGAACUGUGCAGAGACCUGCUCAAGUUUACCCGUGUUCUAGAAUAAUCCUUAUUCCUAUUUAGGCUGAGACAAAUUUUAACCCUUCACCUGGAGAUUUGUAGAUUGAAAUCCAGACUUCCCCAGUAGCGUAAAGUUUCAUUUGAACAUCAUAGAUAAAGUCUGUGCUGCAGCAUCAGCCAGUCCCAGUAUUCAGAUUUAGAAGGUGGAAGGGCUGGUCAUGACAUGGAUCUGAGUUAAAUUCACUAAUCUGUGCAUGUAUAAAAACAUUUCUCCUUUUUUUUUUUUCUUCCCUGACAGAUUUUAUUUUAGUGCAAAUUUUGGCAUCUCAGAAAGGGAGUAAAAAACUAUUUCACGCUUCUUGGUUUCCUUGAUUCGCUUUUUGAGUUGUACCUCCCUUUUUAAAAUACUUUUCUUAUUAUUGCUGUCUUCCUUGAAUUGUCUUCCCUCCAGUAUUCCCAGGUACACAAAUCUCUAUAUCACUGCUGUGCCGUGUUUCUGGCAUCCACCUUCACCUCAUCCUGCUCUGCUGAGAUCUUCAGAAAGCUUUGCAUUCCUAGGUAGGCCAAGGUUUCUCCAGGUCCCAGCUCCUGCCAACCACUUCUGCUGCCUGUUUGCAUUGUGCCCUGAAGAACUACAACCUUGUCUUUUUCCAAGCAACACACAAGCUGUUUCAAGACUGACUACAUGUGCUCUUUUGAUUUCCUUGAUAAUUCAUUUUCCUGAGACAGAUUCCAUUCCAUUCCUCCUAUGGGGUUUGCAGCCCUAAAAUCCUUCUGCUUGUUGGUACAAAAGCUGUCUAUACCUUCUGCUGUGAGCUGCAGCAACCCUUGGGUUCCGUUUUGUCAGCCAGAGCUCUUCAGUCUCUCUUCUAUCUACCUCUUGAGUCCCCUUACCUUCUACUUGCUAAAUUAUUUAAAUUAGAAAUUGUGUUAACCAUUUGUGUGAUUAACAAAUUUAGCUUUGUGAAAUGUUUCAGGGUAGAGCUUGAAUAAAAUUUUCUGUACAAGGCAAAAAGUGUUGCAAAUAAUAAUCUCAAGAAGGCUAAAUUUGCCCAAGAGGAUUCCCAGAGAGCGUCAGCAGAAGUCGGUUUGAUUUUAUGUGUAAAACCAGAAACAGUCUGUUAAAAACCAGAAGAGAGCAUUGUACAGACCACAGGAUGAAGACAAUGGAUUUUAAUGGCUUGUUUGGGGUGAUUGAAGAGCGCUUGUUUUAGUUUAUAGGUAGUGUCUGCAAAGUUAAACAGCUGGUUUCUCUUCAACUGCUUCUCAGUUGCAAUUAAAAAAUACUGCAAGCUCUUGAAGUGGAGUUUAUAUGAAAAUACCAAAUAAAGCUUUCAUUUGAACAA